AUGUUUCCGGCUCACAAGAAGGGCAGCAAACGCGAUAUCAAUAACUACCGCGGGAUCACUUCUUUAAACGCUGUUUCCAAAUUAUUCGAGCUGGUUAUUUUGGAGCCACUUGAGGCCCAUUGCAAACCGUUUCUCAGUAACGACCAACAUGGCUUCACGUCUGGGCGAUCGACAGCCACUAAUUUGCUCUGCCUGACUUCCUUUAUAACAAAUAGUAUGGUACAACGUGCGCAAACCGAUGUGAUUUACACGGACCUGGCCGCUGCUUUCGAUAAAGUGAAUCACGACAUUGCGAUUGCAAAAAUGAACAAGUUCAGCAUUAACGGUAGCUAG